UUUGAUAACCUCCCCCGCAUUCCUCCGAAAUUUCAACCGAUCCCAAUCCCGCGACCGGCUUCCACAAAUUUUUUCCAAUUAUUUCUUUAUCGCUCGUGGAAGAAGUAUACGAAUAUAGAAGUCGACUUUAUCAUUACAGCGCGAGAAAAUGACAAACUUCUGCGUUAUUCCUCUUCGAGGGAGGAGGUUGAGUUAAUGCUAGACGGCGGAUUUUAUUAUUACAAGUUAACAACGAGGACAAGUUCACGAGCCAAGGGAAACUUGGAUCCGGGAAGAAACGGGAUGGAGCUAAAAACCUUGUUCGCGUUCGCCAACUUCCCAAUUGGUAUCGGUUUAUUUAGUACAAACACGAUGAACGUCUGAAGUAACGAUGUUGCAAGAUUAAUUGUCAUCAUGCGAGCGCUUCUGAUCCUGCUGAGCAUUCUUUUGGAAAUACAAUUCUACGUCACUGGGAGCCAGGCGGAGCGUCAACAAUCGUCGAGCGCCAACAACGAGGUGACGGAGAGCUCCGCCGGAGAGGAUAAGGGCGAAGAUGUCAUCGAAGGCCCCAUCAGGGAAGUUCUUGCACAAAGCGGAAGCACCGCGAAUUUGCCGUGCAAAAUUACCGAACCAGGCGCUGGAACCAUCACAUGGAUGAAACGAAAAAACAGGCGGUUGUUAACCGUGGGCAAGAGCACCCACUCGGUCGACAAACGAUUUGUCGUGAUUCACUCGAGUACCGAUUGGUUGCUGCAGAUACGAGUGGUUACCGUUCAGGAUGAGGGUAUAUACGAGUGUCAGAUUACGUCGCAUCCGGUGCAACGGAAUUUCGUGCGCUUGAAGAUCACGGAAGCGUACUCGAUCAUACCAGGCGCCCCCGAUUUACACGUGAAGCAAGGCUCGAGCCUUCGAUUGGAGUGUCAACUGAAGGCCGCGGCGGAAUCGCCCCUCUACGUCUUCUGGUACCGCCAAGGGCACAUGAUCAACUACGACGAGGAGCCAGGCGUGAAAGUCGAGCUGACCAAGAACGGAUCGAUCCUGAUGGUCAACAAAACGAAACCCUCGCAUGGCGGCAAUUACACUUGCGCGCCGAGCAACGCCAAGCCUGCAUACGUGAUGGUUCACGUGAUCGAAGAGGAGGAGAAACCGGCGGCGAUGCACGGCGGAGACAGGAGGAAUCUUGGCCCGGCAAUUUUGGCGAGCAACUUUCUGGUGUCCCUCCUGGCGGCCGUCAGCUGGAGGAUACCGAGUUUCACCAGCCUCUACCCGACAUGAAUCGCCCUCCAACUUACGGGGCGGGGGAGGCGACUGGUGUGUCAGUCGUGCCGCCCCGCACCACCGCAAACCCGGUCCAUCUUCUUCCGCGAGGAUGAGUCGAACGAUCGGUCGGUCAUUCGGGACUCGUCUUUUCACCUCCAACUCCCACGAUCGAUCCCACGAGGGCGAUAUUCUUUUUUUCGAAUGCCGCCGUCAAACACGUUGGAACGUGUCGUCGUCGCGUGUAUUAGUUCGCGUAUGAACACACGACACGGAACGAAGCGAGCGUGGCCGCCACUUUCGGCGGGGACCCUCUUGCGCGUACACCCACCCGAUUCUUUUCAACCAUUGUCCGGGGAGAAAGAGACUCGCGUCCUCCCUAUUCUCGAGGGGGGAAUGCGACGUUCGAUCGCGAGGGAAGGAUUUUUACCCAGCCAGAGGUAUCCUUUUGUUUCAUUCCCUCCUGCCUUUUAUUCCACCCUCCACCCUUUUAUCUCCUCCUAUUCUCUCUCCUAUUCGUCCCUGUGUUUCAUUCAUUAUCUCGCGAUUUCUUUGUCCCGCAGAAAUAGCCGAGCACCGUCGGAAUAAUUUUCUCUCUCUGGUUUCUGUGGAAUUGAUCUAGAAGUAUGCGGUAAGAUACGUUUCGCUUUUAACUCACUCUCUCUUUCUCUCUUUCUCUCUUUCUCUCUCUUUCUCUCGGAAAUAGAAUGACGCGCGACGCGGAGCUCAUACGAACGAUUUCCUCCUCCUUCUUUCCUCUUUUUGUCCUUUUCUUUGUAAAGGAAGAGAGGAUAGGGGAACCUGUCGAUUCGAGGAUCAUCUUCUACUCGUUUAGUAGUCUCUGUCGUCGUUGUACGCGAUGAGUGAAGCGUUUCCUUCGUACAUACGCGCGUUAUACGUAUGCUAUGAAUGUACACUUACAUACAUACACGUAACUUUACACGAGAGGAAUGGGCGUAUUACGUACAAUAUAUAUAUAUAUAUACAUACACACACACACAGAUAGCGUAUAAGUAACACUCUCUGGACCCGAGAUGAACGAGCACGAGUUACGUUCUGUGACGUGAAAGUGGUUCUUCCUUCGAUCCUCUGUCGAAUCUCCGAUAUCGAGUGUUGGAGAUUUUUUUCUUUUUUUCUUUUUGAAAUAAAAUCGCGAAAGCUCUCUGUCCUCUUCGUGAUUUUUCGUAAAGUGAUCGCGAAGUGAAUCGAUUUUGCUGAAUAUAUACCCGUUGUCGGAGAUUCGUGACAGAUAUUCACGCGAUUCUCGCGUUUAUCGUGUCCAUUGAA